AGCUCCCUCCACAGGGACCAUGUCCACCCGGCGCCUCCGCAGUGAGGACUACAACGACUACAGCUCCACGGACGUCACACCAGAGGGAAGCCCGCCCGGUGGCAUGAACGGCUUCGCCCACCCUGAGUCCUACCAGCGCUUCGGGGAGACCAAUGGGACAACGUGGUACCAGACCCUGAUCCACCUCCUAAAGGGGAAUAUUGGCACGGGACUGCUGGGGCUGCCUCUGGCUGUGAAGAACGCCGGCAUCCUGCUGGGUCCUCUGAGCCUGGUGGUGAUGGGAGUCGUGGCUGUGCACUGCAUGGGCAUCCUGGUGAAAUGUGCCCAUCACUUCUGCUACAGGUUCCAGAAACAGUUUGUGGACUACGGGGGUGCCGUGAUGUAUGGGCUGGAGUCAACUCCCAGCGCCUGGCUGCGGACACAUGCUGUCUGGGGAAGGCGUGUAGUGGGACUUUUCUUGAUCAUCACUCAGUUGGGUUUCUGCUGUGUCUACUUUGUCUUCCUGGCUGACAAUCUGAAACAGGUCAUAUCUGCAGCAAACGGGACCACCAAUGACUGCAACCCGAACAGGACAGUGGCCAUGACCCCCACCAUGGACUCCCGGCUAUACAUGCUUUCCCUCCUGCCUUUCGUGGUGCUGCUCACGUUCAUCCAGAAUCUCAAGGUCCUGUCCAUCUUCUCCAUGCUGGCCAACGUGGCCAUGCUUGUCAGCCUCGUCCUGAUCUACCAGUACAUCGUCAGGGACAUUCCUGAUCCCAGUGACCUGCCUCUAGCAGCAGCCUGGAAGACCUACCCUCUGUUUUUUGGCACCGCGGUCUUUGCUUUCGAAGGCAUCGGGGUGGUGCUGCCUCUGGAAAACAAGAUGAAGAACCCCCGGCAGUUCCCAGUCAUCCUGUACGUGGGAAUGACUAUUGUCACCAUCUUAUACAUCAGCCUGAGCGUCCUGGGGUACCUGCGCUUCAGGGCAGACAUUCAGGCCAGCAUAACGCUCAACCUGCCCAACUGCUGGCUGUACCAAGCCGUCAAGCUGCUCUUCUCCUUCGGGAUUUUCUUCACGUACGCCGUGCAGUUCUACGUGCCUGCUGAGAUCAUCAUCCCUCCCCUCGUCGCCCGGGUGUCGGAGCGCUGGGGCUGGCUGGUCAACCUGCUCCUCAGGGUGGCCCUGGUCAGCGUGACCUGCGUGCUGGCCAUCCUCAUCCCACGCCUGGACAUCGUCAUCUCACUGGUGGGCUCCGUCAGCAGCAGCGCUCUGGCUCUCAUCUUCCCUCCGCUGCUGGAGAUCGCCACCUACUAUGCAGAAGGCAUGCACCCCCUCGUCAUCGCCAAGGACAUCGCCAUCAGCCUCUUCGGCUUUGUGGGCUUCGUGGUGGGGACGUACGAGGCGCUAGUGGAGCUGGCAGCGCCCGCUGCCGCCGUUGUGAACAGCACCAGUACCGUGGUGCAGUAACGGUCCCUCUGCCCUGCCGGCCCCUCCGGAUGCCGUGCUGGGGGUGCACGGGAACCGGGCGCUGCUGGUCUCCUGGGAACGGUCUCCCCUCUCGGGAAACGCGGUGGGUUUGGUCUGUGAGAGGACGGGGCUGCCCACCAUCGCGGCUGCCCGUCUGCGGCAGGGUCCCGUGCUGGGCUCCGGCUGGGAAGGUGGGAUCUGGGCUGGGGCAGUGCCUUCCCUGGGGGCUUUUUGGGCAGGUGAUACAGCAAAACAGCCCCCUCGGUACCUGUGUAAAUAGUCACUUUGAGAGGUGAGGAAUCCUGUGGAUGUAGAUUUUUAUUUUAUUUUAUUUUAUUUUUUUUAAAUCCCAACCUUUCUGUAUUUCCCCUGUCCCUUCAGUCAGGACGGGGAACAGGGACUGCUCUUUUUUGUGCCAGUUGUUUGUUUUUUUUGUUUUUUUGUUUGUUUUUUUUCCCCUCAGCACUUUAUUUUUACAGCAACAGAAAAACCUCAGCUCAGGUUGGAGAGCAUGGAGCUGCCUCCUCACCCCAGCCUUGUGGGGAGAGCGGGCAGAGCCCAAGGUGUGGAGCACCCUGGGGCCCCCCAGCUUUCCCACAGUGGGAUCCCCAGAUGUGGGCAUUGGGUCCUGCUGUGCUCCAGCUCUGUUUCCAGCUGCCUCGGGGGCUGAGCAGUGCCUGGAGCUGGGCACUGGGCACAGCACCUCCCUGGCCUGGGAGGAUUUGCUGAUCCCUGGCCCAUGCUUUCAGUAGUGACACUUCUUUUUCCCCAUCUAGCACACAUACCUAACGUGUCGCUUUCAGAAGCGUUAGAGAACUGAGGUGUGCACAGAGCCAAAUGGUCUCUGCCCUAACAAGGGUCCGAUCCGGUUGCCUUUGGCUGGCAGCCCUCUCCCUGUUUGGGAUGCGGUGUCCCUGGGGGUCACCACAUGCUGCCCGCACGCCGCAAAAAUACAUCACCUUGUUUACAGUGCCCGAGCUGGCCCCGGCACGCUCUGGCUGCAUCUGCAGGCCAAUACUGAAUGUCAAAUCACGUACAAA